UCCGCUCCUACCCACAAUUUGUCAUCUAACUACUACAAAAGCUAAGUUUUUUUUGGGGAAUAUUAGUUGUGUUAAUCACUUGAAAGUGACAAUGUUUAAAAUAAUAGCAAUCUCUUUACUUUUCCAAACAAUAAGUGCAAUAACAACAGUCAGGCAAGAAAAUGAGAAUUAUUUCACCAACUACAUAAACCGGGAGGAAGAAAGUGCGCGAAAAUUUCUCCAACGUUACAAUUCCUUCAACCCUGUGAUUCUUCUCGUUGAAAACAGUCAAGCGAGUCAAAACGCAGCUUUAAAUUUCCUGAAAUCGGUACACAAACUUGAGCCAAGAGUCCAGAACGUGAAUUUCAUGUUGAUGAAAUUUAAUGAAACAAGUGUUAGCCCCGUUUUAGGUAACAAUAAACUCCACUUGGAGAAACUCCUAAUCGAGAAAAUCCCUCCAAAACCGUCAACAUUCCUCGGACGUGAAACCAAUCGAAGUGCGGUUUUUUUCGGGAUUUUGAACGCCGUCCAUGUGCUACCCCCAUCAAGUGGUGUGGUGGUUUUCAUGAAACGGGACGUGGAAGACGAGGAUUUGUCCCAACAUGCGGCAAUUGAAGUGGAAAAGAAACGAAUUCAAGUUUUUGUGUUUUGUGGGGCGAAGCGAAAAGGGGGUUAUUUGGAGGAGUUAGCUGUGCGUUCGCGUGGCGGUUUUUGGAUUCAGCCGGACCGGGACCUCUCCUCGGAAUAUUACGAGGAAUUUUUAGAAAAUAUCAAUGCAUUCACUUCAGUUGUGAUGAUUUUAUCGCGGAGGAAUCUCCGAGGGGAAAAUAACCUGGUGUUUCCGAUCGAUUCUGAUGUAACAGGUGUCCACAUAAGUAUAGCCCCCGAGGUCACCACAGGGCUACUGACAACACCUGGAGGGUACAACAUUGGUGUUUUGAGGGGCGACGAUGUAGUGCGAUACUCAGCUGGGUCGUUCAUAAAACGAGGCUAUGGCGUGCACGAAAUCCACAUUAAUACUACGACGCCUGACGUCGGAGUGUGGCGUCUUCGAGUUAGCAACGCGCGCGCACUUUACAACGUUACAGUUUUCGCACAUACAACAAAAAUCACCGAUUUUGGGACAGCUGUAAAUAAGACAGGAAAUAAGAAAAAAAUUCUGAAAGUGGGACUCACGUCUGCGAUAAGCAACAUCACACACAUUAGUUUCGUUAAUAGAGAUGGCAACCCCAUCCUAAGCAAUGUCAGCUACUUAAGUGACAAUAAAGAAAUCCAAGUCCCAAAUGAGUCAUUUUAUGCCGUUAUCGACGGAAUUGAUUCAAAAGGGGACAAUUUUAGACGCUUAUCGUACGUUAGAGGAAACGAAAAAGACAUAUUUUUUCUACCACCUAUAACCAUCGAUCUGGGUCUUGGGUCCGAACUUAUCACCCAACCAUAUCGCCAACCACAACUUUUUUUUGAAGUAACCAACAAUGGCAAUACUCCGACUUUGGUCCGUUUUUUUUGCAAAGACGACAAGGGCAUAUUACUUAGCAUGGAUCCGUGGUACAAAUGGAUUAAUCCCCAAGAGACAGCAACCGUUCGUGUGACCCUUACAACAAGGUCUGGUCAAUACCAAGACUUUAUCACUUUUACAGCCGCUGGGACGGAAACUGUCACUAAAAAAGUGAUAGUUGAUGUUGGGAUUAGUAGUGACGAUCGGAGAGACCCCCACAUUGACUAUCACUUCACUAGUGAUUGCACUGGUGUUCUUUUGGGGAGUUGCGAGGAUGCGACUUGGACUGUUGAAGUCAAAGCUAAAGAUACCGGUUCUGGUUUAUUACAAGUGAUAUCUAGACCCAAAGGUAUCUACUUCCCUAAUGGUUUCACAAGCGGAACCACCGAGGAAGUGACUGGGUUUUUCAGCGAAUCUUGUUGUAACCCAGACUUGGAAUUGAUCGCUUUUGACAGACAGAAUAAUCGAAGGACGCGUCAUAUUAAUGCAUAUUGUAUGUUAUUCUUGGAUACGUCAAAAAUUUCAAUUGUGGUUUCAGGGGCUACUUUAAGUCCAGGAGCUAUAGCGGCGAUUGUACUCGGGGUCAUAAUACUGAUUUUGCUAAUCAUUGGAUUGUUCUUCCUGAUCAGGAGAUGUUGCAUCGCUUGGCGCAAUAAAGAGAGUUACGACUUACCAGUUUAUAGAGGGCCUCUUAGCUCCAGAAGAGCUUAAUUUUUCUCUUAUUUUGUAAUAAACAUAUUUCAAAAAGUGUUUGACUGAAUCGGUAAUGAAGGGAACUGCAAAUCAAAUUAGCUAAAAUCGUCUUUUUGUGAUAAUUUAAAAAAGUUGAAACGGAUAAAUGUCACAAAAUCGAUUAAAAACUUAAUAUUCCAUACUUUUCUAAUGUUUUUUUUUUACAAUAAAACUGUAUUUCAA